AUGAUUCCAAGACGCAUUGCAUUCAGCCGCAUCGCGCGGCCGGGUCUGGCAGCCCAGGUCAUUCACCGGCCACAAGCUCGACUGCCGCCGCCGCGAUGGGCAACCAAAGCAUGGGAGAGUACAACGACUGGCGACCAGAAGUCGGGACACAUCUAUGCCGGCCCGAACGAGUCAAUCAUCUUCUUUGACAACUUGUUCCCAUUGAAGCUAAGCACCCUCAUCUGGAGACCAUGGCAGACCGAUCGGGACCUGUCAACGCUGCUCAAGAAGUUUGACGAGUCAUCUUUGGGUAUAAUGGACCCAAUCAACAUGGUCAAGAGAGCCAUUCCAUCGAGCCUGCCAAUAAAGGUCACAGACAUCAUUCCAAGACUCAAGGAUGGCGGUGCCUUCGUCCGGUUUACCUACUCGCCCGAAACCUCACCAGCCGAGGUUGAAGAAGCUCUGAGGAAGAUCUUGGACGAGAAGCCGAUACGCCCGUGGUUCAACCCUUUCCGCGGCAUCAAGGCCGGCCUCGUUCAAGGCGUGCCGUGGUUGGAGGACUUAUACAGGUUUCCCAAGAGCCGUCUGAGGGUAGAAUUCGUACCUAAAGAGCCCGGCUCGGAGGCUGUCGAACUUCCCCAGGAAACUCUCUAUUCACUCUUUCGACGAUAUGGAAAGAUCGCCGAGAUCACUCCUCAACCUCCAGACUCGAAAGUGCUGCCAAAAUUUGCUUACGUCGAUUUCGUACUCGUUCGAGAUGCAAUUAUGGCAAGGAACACAAUGCAUAACUUCGUCGUCCCAGAGAAUGAAGGAGGUGGUAAGCUCGGCACGAAAAUCAGAAUGUCUUACGAGCAGAAGGUCAAGGCGCAUCAUAUCUGGUCUUGGGUCACCAACCACCCACGGAUCGUCAUCCCGGUGGUAGCAGCUCUCAUCGCUGGUCUCACCGUUAUCAUCUUUGACCCAAUCCGCGAAUUCUUUAUCAAGGCGCAUAUCCAACACAAGUUCAGGCUCACAAAUAGCAAGCUGUACAAGUGGUUCAAGAGGCAGACUAAUGACAUAUUGUCCUUCAGACGCCAGAAGGGCGAGGAAGCGGGCCUCAAGGCUCUCUUCACCCACCGACGGGACGCCAUUGACUCAAUCCGAACCUGGCUGCUGGAGACGGCGGAUACUUUCAUCGUUGUUCAAGGCCCACGGGGCUCGGGCAAGGAGGAGCUCGUGAUUGAUCAGGCUUUGGGAAACCGUAAAGACGUUCUUGUUAUUGACUGCAAGCCAAUAACUGAAGCUCGGGGCGAGAGCGGAACCAUCAAACACCUGGCGGCAGAGGUCGGAUACCGGCCUAUCUUCUCAUGGGCGAACCAGAUGAGCUCAUUGAUAGACCUGGCGGUUCAGUCUACGACCGGAGUCAAAUCAGGCUUCUCAGAGACGCUCGACUCUCAGCUCAGCAAGAUCCUGCAGACGACUGCCGCUGCGCUAAAGUCGGUGACCUUGGAGGGCCGGGACAAAAACGACAAGGACUUUAGCGCCUCGGAGGAUGCUUUCCUUGAGGCGCACCCCGAGAAGCGAGCGGUUGUGGUCAUCCAGAACUUCCUCCACAAGAGUGAUGAGAACAACCUCGUCUACGACAAGAUAGCAGAUUGGGCGGCAGCACUUGUGCAAGCCAACAUCGCUCAUGUCAUUUUUCUCACCAACGACACCUCAUAUUCCAAGUCUCUGUCAAAAUCCUUGCCAGACAGAGUAUUCAGGCAAAUUGCCCUUGGUGAUCUCUCGCCGGACGUUGCUAAGAAGUACGUCCUGAGCCAUCUUGAGGAAACUGACUUGGAGAAGGUUAAAGCUCCACAACACGAGGAAUCUGAAGGAGGUGACACUGAAGAGAAACGCGAGCAGCAGGAACGUACGGAAAAGGAACAUCGCCGCGACAUGACUGAACUCGAUGAGGUCAUCGAAGCCCUAGGUGGAAGGCUGACCGAUCUUGAGUUCCUCGCACGUCGCCUAAAGAGUGGCCAGAGCCCCAAGGAGGCCGUGACAGAGAUUAUCGACCAGAGCGCCUCUGAGAUCAUCAAAAUGUUCCUCCUGGCCGGGAGCGGCAGCUCCAAGGACAAGAAAUACUCCACUGAGCAAGUCUGGUUCCUCAUCAAGGAGAUUGCCAGCAAGGAGAGUCUGCGCUACAAUGAGGUGCUUCUCUCCGACACUUUCGCUUCCUCGACUACGUCAGGUGCCGAGAACGGCGAAGCCGCACUCGAGAGUUUGGUAAAUGCCGAGCUGAUCAUCGUGACAUCCCACAAGGGGAGGCCGCAAACCAUCAGGGCCGGAAAACCUGUGUAUCAGUCCGCUUUCAACACACUCCUGCGCGACCCAGUUCUGAAGGCAAGGAUGGACAUGGCGGUGCUGAAAGAGCUGGCCAAGGUUGAGGCGAAGACUAUUGACAAGUGUGAGCAGGAGCUCAGUCUCUUGGGCUCACUGCCUAAGCAGCCGGCGCAGACAGGAGAGAGAGUGAAUUAUCUCCUGACCAAGCUCCAGGACAGCCAGACAAAGAUAGCGGGCUACGAAAAAGACAUUGGCGCUUUGAAGAAGGUUCUAAAACAUGAGGCAUAA